GAGGGACCGGACUUCUGUUCGCAUUGGGAGAGGCGCAGAGGAAACUUCUGCAGCUUGGCUUCUCCCGAAACAUUUGCUACAGUUUGGACCUAAUUCUGAUUUCUGCUUCAAAUCAUUCGGAAUGUAUGCCUGAUAACCCUACAUAUAAACCAGUACACCAGCAGUCUGAAGAUUUUGUGAUUUUGGGAGGGAAGGAGAAUGAGGAUGUUGGGAAUAUUGGUGCUUCUUGUGGUUCUUGUGAGUGUGGCACAAGGCCAGACUCAAUCCUCGCCAUGCACACCGUGUUCUUUUUUUUCAGAAAAAAGGGAAUGUCCCAUCGACUUGUAUUUUGUCAUUGAUACAUCGGAGACCAUAGCUCUGCAGGAGAACCCACCUGGAAGUCUGGUAGACAGUAUCAGGGAUUUCACAAUCCAAUUUGCAGAGAAACUACAAAAUUUUAAAUACAGAGAUGCAGUUGAUAUCAGCUGGUCUGUGGGAGGUUUUCACUUCUCCCAGGACUAUAAAAACAUCAGUACCGUCACCAGUAAGGAUGAAUUUAUCAAGCAGCUGAAAAUUAAAUUGGCCAAAAACAUGUACCUGGGCAAAGGGACGUACAUUGACUGUGCCAUCAAAAACAUGACCAAUCAGCUUGUCAAUGUUUCUCCCCACCCCAACGCCACACGCUUCUCUGUGUUCAUUACCGAUGGUCACGUCACAGGAAACCCGUGCGGUGGGAUCAAAGAGGCAGCGGAGCACGCGCGCGAGCACUCAAUUAAACUUUUCUCCAUCGGAUCAUCAUCCAACAAUCUUGAGAAGACGGGGCUUGAGGAGAUUGCUAAUUCACCUGCUGGACUUUAUCGGGAUAAAUACAUAGCAGUUGAUCUUACAGGGGGACGGCCUCGCAUAGCCACAGAAACAAUUGACCGGAUUUACGAUUCAAUGCUUCAUCUGGCUUACCAAGAGUGCUACUCAACAAAAUGUUUGGAGACUCCAGGAUCCCCAGGUCCAGCGGGACCCAGAGGACAGAAAGGAGCUAAAGGUGAUAACGGUGGCGCUGGCCUCAAAGGUGCAAAAGGUCGUGCUGGAGAUCCAGGUAUUGAGGGACCAAUUGGAUAUCCUGGACCUAAGGGAGUCCCUGGUUUCAAAGGUGAAAAGGGAGAAAUUGGAGCACAAGGGAGAGUGGGUGUUUCAGGAGGUCCUGGCCGGAAUGGAACAGAUGGGCAAAAGGGAAAAAUUGGAAGGAUUGGCGCCCCUGGCUGCAAAGGUGACCCGGGUGACAAGGGUCCUGAUGGCUAUUCUGGAGAAGUUGGAGAACCCGGUCUUCCAGGGUCUCCAGGAGAGAAGGGUGAUCCGGGUCGUUCAGGAAGACCAGGUCUAGCCGGCCCACCUGGAGAUCCUGGACCCAAAGGAGAACGAGGAAGUCCUGGAUCACCCGGAGUUCCCGGUCUGAAAGGAACUGCUGGGACACCUGGGGGACCUGGACCGAAAGGCGAUCCUGGAAGGCGAGGUGACUUUGGACCCAAAGGCAGCACUGGAACGAACGGGCCGAAAGGAGAGAGGGGUGAGCCAGGUCCUGAGGGUACCAGGGGUCUUGCAGGUGAAGUUGGGAACAAAGGAUCUAAGGGUGAUCCUGGACUUCCAGGACCAAGAGGCCCACCAGGAGCUUCUGGGGAACCCGGAAGAAAUGGUUCACAAGGUGACCCAGGUGAUGCUGGCCCUAGAGGUGACCCCGGCCCCCCAGGACCAAAGGGUGAUUCUGGCAGAGCUGGAUUCAGCUAUCCUGGACCAAGAGGACCUACGGGUGACAGGGGUGAUAAAGGUGCACCUGGACCAAGAGGAAGCAGAGGAGAUUGUGGAUCAAAGGGUGAUCCAGGCACUAAGGGAACUUCAGGAGAGCCUGGAGAACCCGGACCCCCAGGAGAACCUGGACCAAGAGGGCUCAAAGGAGGUCCAGGAAGAGAUGGUGAUCCCGGCUCAGAAGGAGAUCCUGGUCUUACUGAAUGUGAUGUCAUGAACUAUGUCAGAGAGACCUGUGGAUGCUGUGACUGUGAAAAGAGAUGUGGGGCCCUGGAUAUUGUGUUUGUGAUUGACAGCUCAGAGAGUGUGGGGCAGACAAACUUUACCCUGGAGAAGAACUUUGUGAUCAACACCAUCAACAGACUGGGCUCAUUUGCAGAUGAUCCCAGUUCUGAGACAGGAAUCAGAGUCGGUGUUGUUCAGUUCAGUCACAAUGACACAUUCGAGGCCAUUAACCUCAAUGACUCCAAGAUCGACUCUCUGCCCGCCUUCAAAGAAGCCGUGAAGAAGCUGGAGUGGAUCGCCGGAGGAACGUGGACUCCUUCCGCCAUGAAGUUCGCCUACGAAACCCUGAUCCAUGGCAGCCGUCGUGCAAAGGCUAAUAUCACCGUGGUUGUUAUCACAGAUGGCCGGUACGACCCCCGCGAUGAUGACCAACUGCUCGGUUACCUCUGCCAGAAAGAUGAAACCGUUGAUGUCACUGCCAUUGGAGUUGGGGACAUGUUUGAAAAGAAGCAUGACGACGAAAGCCUGAAGUCCAUCGCCUGUAACAAUGGAGCGAUUAUGAGCAUGAGGGGUUUCGCUGAUCUGGUGGCAGAGGAUUUCGUCGAUAAGAAUGAGCAUGUUCUAUGCCCAAAUCCUGAAAUUGUUUGCCCCGAUCUUCCAUGCAAAUCUGAGCCAGCAGUAGCCAACUGCAUCCAGCGUCCAACUGAUAUCAUCUUCAUGUUGGAUGGCUCAGAACGCAUGGGUCUGGAGAAUUUCCGCUAUGCACGUGAGUUUGUGGAGAAUGUCGCUCGCCGUCUGACCCUGGCCCGUGGAGACGACGAUACACGCAAUGCCAGGGUGGCUCUUCUGCAGUUCGGUAAUGAUAAAGAUAAUAAUGUGACCUUUCACCUUACCAGCAACAUUAAUGUCAUCUCUGAUCGCCUUGCCAAGAUGACGUACCUGGAUGCUACUUCCAACGUUGAGAAUGGUAUUAUCUACGCCAUCAACAAUAUUGUUAGGAGCGAAACCAAGCAAUUGGCUAGGCAAAAUGCUGAGCUGUCGUUCGUCUUCAUCACUGAUGGGGUCACCAACACUAACAAUCUGACUGAGGGCAUCGCCGCGAUGCGCAAGGCAGAGGCCGUUUCCACCGUGAUUGCUAUGGGCAGCGACGUUGACAACGAAGUUCUGACGAAGCUUGCACUGGGAGACCAGACGGCUAUUUUCAGGGGGCAAGAUUUUGCCCAGCUGAGCAAAGCCAGCUUUUUUGAGCGCUUGAUUCGGUGGAUCUGCUGAGGGGUGGGUUCAUAGUAGAGGGGCGUGAAUUGGUGCGUCAUUGAGUUGAGCACAAUAAUAAAAGUAGAACAAAUGUUAUACUAUGUUCAAAAUGUGAUGCAUUUCUGUGAAAGCAUAAAUGAUUUGUUAAACACUACUGGAUUGAAUGACAUUUUAGCUUUUGAAACAUCUUGGUAGAGACCCUAAGUGGACCAUUGAAUGGAUAAAAAACUAUUAUUUGCUUGAACUCAAUGAUGCACCAAUGGAGAGGGGCUGGGUACAGAAAAACAUUGCAGUAGAGGUCACCUGUAACAUUUCAAAAAAUUUGUAUUGAAUGUGUAUUUUGACAAAUUUGCAAAAUGUAGUUUUUAUGUCUGUAUUUUUUAUGCUGAAAGGCCUUUAGCAUAUUUUUUGUUUUGUAUAUUCCUCUACACAAGGUGCUAAACCAGCAGAUUAUGACUGGAGUUUUCAUUGAAGAAGUGUUUUCAUGAUGCACGUUAAUAGGAAGUGCACCGAUUCAGGGGUACAAAAAUCCAUUCCAACAAGUACACUUACAUGUGCCAAAUCAUUAAUGCAUAUUAGAGAUUUGAUUACAUAGUAUUAUUCAAAUUUGCAUUGCCAUUGAUUUAAAAAAGGGCCUAUACAGAAAAUCUAUGCCAGCUUCCAUAGCACAUGCACUCUUAAUUCAACACAUGCUUAGGAUGUCUGUGUUUCAGAUUAAACAUGUACAUUUAGUGAAAAUAGAAAUUUUGUUCACCCAUGUUUUAAUAUAAAUGAUGAUACGGCUAUACUCCAUUAUUAUAAGCACCACUUUAUUUCAGGAACCAAAAAGGAUUGGAUAUUUGACAUGCUAUUGGACACUUGAAUGAUAAAUUCCAUAGUUGCUGUCAAACAGAAGUCUUAAAAGUACAAUAAACCAAAACUGUGGUAACACAA